CGGCAGCCGCAUGUUUUGAAUUUGCUCGCGCUGCACGUGUGUACUUGGCUUUGCGAUCAAAAGUUUAGAAAAAAAUCAGUGUUUUAUCGUAGUUUUUGAAAUUAUUUCACCAUUUAAUUUCAGUUAUUACAAGAUUAAAACGCAACAGACAGAGUCACGUAAAAUGAGCGUGGAAAAACCGAAGAAAUCACCCGCAAACGGCAAACCGAAGCAAGUUGGAAAGAAGAAAAAAUCAACGGCAUCAAAAGAAGAGACAAAAAAAGGUGAAAAUCCUGCGGGCCCAAAAAAGAAGAUUGUAUUCACGGACGAUGGCGAUCAGGUAGAGGUUCCAGUUGAUCACACUUCCGCUGAAAAUGGUGGGCCAGCUGCAGCUACUGGUAAGGAAAAGAAAAAGCACAAGAAGGGAAGAAAGCCGUUCGAUUUGGCGGAUAAAUCCGGUACAGAAACAAUCGAAAAACGUUGGUACGAACCUUACGAUGGUUACAACACCGUUGGGGAGAUCGUUGACUUGAAAGAUGGGGAGAUUGCUGAGUUGAGGAAGCUUUGCCGGACUGCGUUCGAAGCCGAAUGUCGAAUUUUGCAGAAGCAAAAUCCGGCCGAUAGCAAGUGGUUGUUGACGGCCUUGGAGAAGGGAACAUCCCGAGAUCGGGCCAAUUCGGGUGCGUUGUUGGUUCAAACGAAUCCGCUCUGUAAUUUGCAGGCGCUAGAAACGGUCAUUGCGAUGGUCAAGCUUUCGAAUAAGGGCCACUUGGAUGUAGUAGAGGUUUUGACGGAGCUGAUGCUGAACUCGUUGAUGCCGGUCGACCGGAAGUUGAUUCAGAUUCCGCUGAGGGGAGCCGAUUGGAAGAAUAUUAAAAAAUUGGAGUUGCCAAAAGAUUUGAGGGAUAAGAUUUACGCUCAUUGGCAUUUUGAGGACGCACUGCGAGAUAUUUACUUCAGUUUUUUGAACAACUUAUCGUCAAUCCUGCAAAAUGGACAGGACAACUCUAAAAUGAAGAUUAUUCAGUAUGGAUCGAAACUUUUUACGAUGAUUCCUGAGAAAGAAGCUUUCCUGCUGGCAAUGUUGGUUAACAAGCUGGGAGAUCCCAGCAAGAAGGUUGCUGUUAAAGCGUUGUAUCAUCUGACGGAAGUAGUCAAAAAGCACUCGGCCAUGUGCCUGAUUAUUGUAACGGAAACGGAGAAGUUGCUGUUCCGAAAUAAUAUUUCUGUGAGUGCUCAACACUACGCUCUAACUUUUCUGGCAGCCGCUAGUAAUUUUGGGGAUUUUGCGUCUUGCGAGAAGAUGAUCAAUGUUUGCUUCUCGUUCUUCAAAAUUUUGACCGAAAAAGGCGAAGUCAACUCCAGGACGAUGCAGGCUAUUCUGGCUUGUCUGCGAAAAGCGAUUGGAAACGUUAAACGAGAUGUACCGAUUGCGGAUGUUAUCAAACCAGAGGUUUUAAACACGGUGUACCGAAUGAUCCAUCUGGCUGAUAUUUCGAUCGCAUGCCAGGGUCUGUCUCUGCUUCUGGAAACAACCGAAACCAAGGGAAGGGAACAGAAUCGUUUUUAUAAUGCUUUGUAUCGCAAGCUGUUGGAUCCUCAGCUGGCAGCCGUUGGACCCCGGAUAUCCAAUAUAUUUUUCUACAUAAUUCAUCGAGCUAUCCAAAAUGAUCCGAUUCCGGAGCGGGCUCAAGCCUUCAUUAAAAGGUUGCUCCAGGUAGCUUUCUACUUCCCAGCGGCCAAACUUUGUGGAGUUCUGAUUAUCAUUAACAAAGUCUUGCGGAAACGAAAGCAUCUGCAUCAAGAUGGACACAAUCCUAGCGAAGCAAAAAUUGAGGAACACGAGACUUCAGAACCAUCAGAAGAAACGGAGAUUAAGUCGGAAUUUGACGGUCGCCAUGCUACUCGAUACGAUCCAUUCCAUCGAUCGUCAGAACAUGCCGGUGCCAACUAUACUGUCAAAUACGAGCUGACCCGCUAUCUGGAACAUUUCCAUCCAACGGUUCGAAAUUUUGCUGAAUGCAUCAUUGCUAAUUCAGCGCUCACCUACUACGGCGAUCCGUUGCGGGACUUCUCGCUGGGACACUUCCUGGAUCGAUUUGCCUUCAAGAAUCCCAAGAAGCCGAAAACCGAACUCAACGCCGACGGAGAAGCGGUACCUCGGCGAAAAAUACUGGGAGUAGCGCAACGAAAGAGCGACUACAUGCCCAGCGGUUCCCGGGGGGUCCCGGUCCAAUCACUCACCAAGGAUCACUGCACCGAAGAUGAGCGGUUCAUUUUUCAAUUCCUGGAGCAGAAGCGGGAGAAAAUCCGGGAAGCCAAAGAGUACGCCAAGGCUCGCAAAGAAGCGGCCGGUCUUCCGGUGGAAGAUGAGGAUGACGACGACGACCGGGCAUCGGACACCGAAUCGCUUGAUGAUGAUGAGUUCGAUCGCUAUCUGGAUCGGCUGGGAGUGGCUGGUGGCGAUGCCGAUGCAGAUCUCAAGGGUCUCGAUGACGAGGUGGACUUUAUGAACGAUUUCGAGAAGGAUCUGGCCCGGAAGGCAGAGAAGCAAAAUAAAAAGAAAAAAUCUAGCGCCGCCGAGGACGAUGGGGAUGAUGAUGAGGAGGAAGAUCUGGGUGAUUGGGAAGAUUCCCAGGAUGUGGACGAUGCUGAUGGAGAUGAAGAUGACGAUGACGUUGAAGCUGAUGAGGAUGAGUUCAGUGAUGCUGGAAGCAUCUCCUUGGACGAAAAUGACGAUUUGGAUGAGGGAGACGAAGAUGACGAUCUGGAUGAAGACGAAGAUCCAACACCCAUCAAAGGAAAGAAAACGAAACGGAAGAAAUCGGACGACGAUGAUUACGGCAUAAACGACAAAGAGUUCCAGAAAAAGUUGAAGAGCAACGACUUUAAUUCUCUGUUUGCCGCAGCUGAUGAUUUUAGCGAAAUGCUGGAAAAGAACGUUGGUUCGAAAGACAAAUCCCAUGGAACUGUGGGCGAAAUAUUCAACCGGGAUGGAGCGUCCGUUAAACAACUCGCUUGGGAACAGAAAAGAUUCAGUGGGAAAAAUCGAAUGCAAUCCAGCGGCAAGAAACGGUUUGUGGCCAAAAAGCAGGGUUCUUCCAGUGGAUUGCACAAAAAGUUCCAGGGAGGACAAGUUAAGAAGAAUAAACAAUUUGGGAAAUCCUCCAAACCGGGUCAGAAAUUUGGUGGGAAGAAGAGGAAAUAGAUUUCUAAGCUUUUUUUAGAAUGUAACUGUUUUGCACUGAAUUAUAAAGAUAUU